GAGCAGCUUUACAUCUGUUUGGGUCAACUGAAUUAAAAACAGAGAACGCAUUUAGUUUAUAUUUGUGUGAUGUUUGAUUACCCAUACUUCUCUCCUCUGACAUUCAGACAGUAUGUCUGUAGUGCAAGUGUGGCCAUCUCCGGUCUUGGAGCGCCCCAGUGUGUCCAACAGGUUUAAUACACACUACUCAUGCUUGGCUGGAACAAGUACCUAGUACGACACACAGUUGCAGGAUCAUCAUUGAAACAUUAGGGGGUGUCAGGUUUAGAUAAACACUACUAUAGACCUCUGACUCACUUCACUUUAGUGGGUGUAUGAGUUGAUCCGCCCAUUAAACACCACACACAUCUUCAGACACAACUAUUUACCAUCUGUCUCUCAGGAGAAGAUCACUCACUAUAAGGAUCCAGACAAGCAACAGUUAUCCAUGAAGCUGUAGUCAGAGAGACUGUGGAUGAUGGGUUGUCUCGUGGUCACCGGGGUUCUACUUGUGAUUCUACUGUUCCAUCCUCCAGCAGCUCAGAUGGAGAGCCCAGAUACAGAUGUGGAGGCCGUGAGAUUCGAAGAGUUUUGUCUGAAAAUCUCUGAUGAUUCGCACUGUACAACCGCUGAACCAGAGCCCAGACAAACGGUUACCAACAAGGAGGCAGCUGAGAGCACACAACUGGCAAUGUCUUCCCCAUCGGUUGACAAGGAAGAUAUAAACUCCACUCGUCAACCGGCUGUCAAUUCUUCAUCACUUGUGGCAAACUUCAUGGGCAUCCCACCAGACCAUGGGGAACUGGGGCCGAUAGAGAGGGAAGGGUGUCACUGCAAGACGUGGCAGGAACACACAACUGACCGGUCUCUUGUCAGGAGCAUAGACCUCAGGCUCCCUGCAACGGACGUGUGUAACUCCACAGAGAUCAUUGAGACACUGGCAGAUGGUAGGAAGGUUUGUGUGAAUACCUCUCUCACAAGAUACCUUGCACCACUGUUUGGGCCUUCAACUGACCCAGACUGGGAAGGGACCACAACCCCCAGCCCAAACACCUCUGCAGUAUCCUCGUCCCCAACCACACAGACAAAGGAACAAAUGAGCAUGACACCACCAAGGGAAUUAAGCAGGGACUUUUCUUUCGACUUUUUCUUUCGAGUUACUGAACAGGGACAAGCACACCCAACACCCCCGGGACCCCCAGCACCCCCGGGACCCCCAGCACCCCCGGGACACCCAGAACCCCCGGGACUCGCAGCACCUCCGGGACCCCUAGGACCCAAUGGGUCCGAAGGACACUUUGGACAACAGGGGCCUAGUCUGCAGAGAUGCUUGUGCAUCGUAAUGGAGGCCAGAAGGAUAGGAAGGUUCAUCUCUAAAAUACAGUUUAACGCACCCUCUUCACGCUGCAACGUUGUGGAGAUUAUUGCAACUCUGAAGACGUCAGGUCAAGAGGUUUGCUUGGAUGUCAAUGCACUCUGGGUACGCAAAAUCCUGGAGAAAUUAAAAGUACAACCAGACUCCCCUUGAAGGAGUUAACCUCAUUUCAACACAUCCUCCUGAAUGACGCUAGGCUGAUAAUAAAGUUAUAUUUCAUGAAAGAUGUGUAUUGCUUUGGCCCAACAGUUGUUAGUAAGUAAAUGUUGCUGAUUAUCAAAGUGCUAAAUGUGUCAGCAGUUUGACACUUCUUUUUUGAUAAAGAUGUUUGAUAAGUGACUAAUUCUUUCCACCCUGGCCUGUACUUGAUUUUACAGGAAAUUGAAAUGUUUUUUUGGCAUCUGAUUUCUGCUAUCUGGACAACUAAACCACUGAGAGAAAAGGGAAAUUUGAUAAUGUAAUUUGAAUUUCACAUUUUAAAGACAAGAGACAACUUAAACUAGUUGCAAAUAAACCGCUCACCAACCUUGA